GACAGAGAUGGCAGCGGCGGCGGCGGCGGCGGCUGCGGCUGUAGGGAUGUCGUCUCCCCAGCACACAGGGGGUGGUGUUGAGGAUGGUGAGGUGAGGGACGGAGCGGUAGAGGACGGUGAGGCGGAGGUAUUUCUCUCAGAGAGUCAUUGCUCGGAGUUGGCGUGGAGACAGAACGAGCAGAGAAAGCAGGGCCUGUUCUGUGACAUGACUCUGGUAUUCGGGGGAGGAGGGAGGGAGUUCCCGGCUCACCGCUCCGUACUGGCCGCCGCUACAGACUACUUUGCCCCCCUCCUCUCCGGACAAUUCGAGGAGUCCCGCUCCGGCCGGGUGGAGAUGAAGUGGAGUUCGGAGCCCGGACCGGACCUGGAGACGGUGGAGGCGGUCAUCCAGUAUAUGUACACCGGACAGAUCCGGGUGUGUACCGGCAAUGUACAUGAGGUGCUCGAGCUCUCUGACAGGUUUUUGUUGCUUCGCCUGAAGGAGUUCUGUGGAGAGUUUCUGAAGAAGAAGUUGAACCUCUCAAACUGUGUUGCCAUUCAUAGUUUGGCUCAUAUGUACACACUCAACCAGCUAGCUUUAAAAUCUGCUGACAUGAUCCGCAGAAACUUCUACAAGGUAAUUGAAGAUGACGAAUUCUAUACACUCCCAUUCCAUCUUGUAAGGGACUGGCUUUCCGAUCCUGAGAUCACAGUCGAUUCCGAAGAGAUACUUUUUGAAGCAAUUCUAAAAUGGAUUCAGAAAAACACUAACGAAAGAGAAAAAUAUUUUGAAGAAUUGUUUAGGCUUCUUCGACUGUCUCAGAUGAAGCCAACUUACCUUACCCGACAUGUGAAAGCAGAGAGAUUGGUGGCAACAAAUGAAGCCUGUUUACAGUUGGUGGCUGAAGCGGUGGAAGGCCAUGCUUUGCGAUCAGAAAACCUUCAAGCCGGAAAUCAGUCAUUGGCCACCCAUAUGACAUCAUUGCCACGCUUUGGGCAAAAUAUGGAUGUAAUAAUGGUGAUUGGAGGAGUGUCGGAAGGUGGUGACUAUUUAAGUGAAUGCGUUGGGUAUUUUAUUCAUGAAGAUCGAUGGGUAAAUUUGCCUCACAUCCACAAUCACCUUGAUGGCCAUGCAGUUAUGGCUACAGACACCCAUGUCUAUGUGGCUGGCUCCAUGGAACCUGGGUUUGCCAAGACUGUUGAACGAUACAACCCAAACAGAAAUCUAUGGGAACAAGUGUGCAAUUUAAUCACUCGAAAGCAUUCCUUUGGUCUUAUGUCUGUGAAAGGCAACUUGUAUAGUAUUGGCGGGCAUGGAAACUUCAGCCCAGGCUUCAAAGACGUCACUGUUUAUGACCCAGAGCAAGAUAAGUGGCAGAUCCUAGAAUCUGCACCCAAGAUCUUACGGGAUGUCAAAGCUUUAAGUGUAGAAGAUCGCUAUGUUUACAUAACUGCUCGUACUCCAGUGGACAGCGAUAAUGAGGAUGGGCUUAGAACGAUCAACUGUAGAUAUGACAUAGAAAGCAGUAGAUGGCUGGAUGUAGAAUCCUUACCGAUCCUGGACAAUUAUUGUGCAUUCCAGAUGUCAGUGGCCUGCACAAACUUCUACAACACUGCGUCCUGCUGUCCUAAGAGCUAUUCUGUAACUGUUGAAGAGGCUCAGAGUAAAAUCUCCAGGCAGGUCUCCAAUGAGAUUCUUGAGAGCUUACCUCCUGAAGUCCUGAGCAUAGAAGGGGCAGCUAUCUGCUACUACAAGGAUGAUGUCUUCAUUAUCGGAGGUUGGAAGAACAGUGAUGACAUAGACAAGCAGUAUAGGAAAGAGGCAUACAGAUAUUGUGCUGAGCGUAAGCGCUGGAUGCUGCUUCCUCCCAUGCCUCAGCCUCGGUGCCGUGCCACCGCCUGUCAUGUGAGAAUCCCCUACAGAUACCUUCACGGCACACAGAAGUAUCCCAUGCCUCCUAAUCUGAUGUGGCAGAAAGAUAGGAUCAGGCAGAUGCAAGAGCUGCAUCGGCAUACAAUGAACUUGCGACGCACGCCACGUUCCCAGAUUGAAUGCUAAUUAUUUAUUUUCCCUUGGAGCCUUUCAUAGAUGCAAUUUGCACAUGAGAGCCUCUUUGUUUUUUCCUAGUUGUUUGAGGCGUUGUACAAUAACUCUAGUGAAGCACGAGGUGUUUACACAGACUUAUCUGCAGAGUGUCAAACACUCUAUAAGCAUGUAAUGUAUAGGGUAUGUGUGUAUGUUAAUACACAACAUUUAGUGCUAAUGAAACAUACUUAUCUAGUCUUGCCUACCAGGACCGGGCAGUUACUUGCAUAUAACAUUCCCUCUAGUGCUUGCUAGCUGAUUUUCUCAGUUACAGUUUACACUGGCAUCUAUAACCAGGCUAUUACAAGUUGUAGAUAUCUGAAAGAAAAACAAAAUGUAGUGCUUGGUUUUGGCUUGCUGAUAGGUCUUAUUCACAUAUUGUAUUCUUAACAAGAAGUAAUACUUUGUAAUGGGAUUGCUGUAAUGUUUAAUCUCAUUAAUUGGCAGCUGUAGAUAAUAGGAACUGGUUUGCCCAUUUGUGCCGUGGCGGUUAAAUGAUGAGCCAUUCUGACUCGUAAGUAUGAGAACCAGCUAUCUUUUUGAUAUAAAUUCCUAUGGUUAUAAGCAUUUCUUCCCUAAAUUAGGGCUGUUCCCGACACUUUAUUUCCAUAUCUUCAACUCAUUCCAUGCUGCACCAUUGUAUAUCAUUCCACACUUAUAAGCAGCAAGCUUUACACUUAUGGUUUAGAGCCUCACUUAUUAUUCUGAACUCAUAUUGGUGGCUUUAAAUGUUCUUGAGGCAUGGCCAAACAUUCCUUUUUUUUAUGCUGAACUUGACCCAUAUGACUACAUAUUACUAAUGUGUGGAUUCUGUAGAGAAGAAUUCCAAGAAUUUUUUUUUUU